CUCAUCACGACACCCCGCAACCACCCAACGCCAAACGCCAAACACCACAAUCAUGGAUGCUCUCGGCUCCGCGAUUCGCCCGGUCCUUUCACCCAUCACUCAAAAUCUUCCCAAGCCCAUUGCAGACUUGGGUGAAUCUCUACUCGGUCCCAUCUGCUACCAGACCCUCUUGCACGACAUCGAUCUCACUAAGACCGAAUGCGUGAAGCUUGCCAUUUCCAAGGGUCUAGGGAUUGGCAUAAUCGGCGCGUCAUCGAUCGUCAAGAUUCCACAGCUGCUCAAGCUGCUGAACUCGCAGUCCGCUGAAGGCCUGUCCUUCCUUUCCUAUGUCCUCGAAUCCGGUGCCUACCUCAUCUCGUUGAGCUACAACGUCCGUCAUGGAUUCCCGUUCAGCACAUACGGCGAGACGGCACUCAUAUUGAUUCAAAACAUUGCUAUCGCGUCGCUGGUCUUGAACUACAGCGGGAGGCAGCCUGCUAUUGCAGCGUGGAUUGCAGGAUUAGCUGGCGUUGGAUGGCUCAUGUUCAACGAGAACCAGGUCAACGAGGCAAACCUCAGCCUGGCUAUGAGCGCCGCAGGGAUACUGGGCGUCGCAGCCAAGAUUCCUCAGAUCUUGACCAUCUGGACUGAGGGUGGUACUGGCCAGUUGAGCGCAUUCGCUGUCAUCAACUACCUCCUCGGCUCUGCCUCGCGCAUUUUCACCACAUUCCAAGAAGUCGACGACCCGCUUAUUCUGUACGGGUUCGUCGCAGGUUUCGCAUUCAACCUCGUCCUGUUCCUACAGGUCAUAUACUACUGGAAUGCGCCCGCUUCGAAGAACACAGAGAGCAAGAAGCUCAACAGGCCUGUCGCACCCGCUGUCGCGGCGAAGAAGGAGGAGGCGAAGCGCGCAGUGUCGAGCGGUGCAGGGAAAAGCCCCAGCACGAGGCGCAGGGGAUAAAUAUAGUCACAACUAGCACAUUCGCAAGUUUUGGGUAGCUCAAUGCA